AGGAAGAAGCAUCCAGCAGCUCACUUCAUAGUAGUUCGAAGACAGAAGCAGAAGUAGAAGGAAAAAGGAGUUUCAAAGUCAAAUUAUAAUAAAAUACUUUAAACAGUUUUAAAAAAUGGCCCAAUUAAUAUCCAAGGUGCCGACACUAAUUAACAGAUCUAUAGCAGCGGCAAAACCGAAAUUGGAAGUAUUCGUAAAAUAUGCUAAAGUUGAAUUAACCCCUCCCACCCCUGCAGACAUUCCACAAAUUAGAGCUGGAAUUGGCAGAUUAAUCAGCGAUGCCAAGAGUGGAAAGUGGAAGAACACCACUGUCAAGGAGGCUUUUGUUAAUACUUUGGUCUCAGUAGAGGUCUUAUGUUGGUUUUAUGUUGGCGAAUGCAUUGGAAAACGCCAUAUUGUUGGAUAUGAUGUGUAAUUUUUUAUAUUUUUUUUUAAAUGAAACUGUAGAUUAAUUUGAAUAAAUAUUAAUAACAUAAACUAAUA